AUGCACCAUGACUGGAACACCGGCGAUGCUGUGGGCAAUGCGUACGAGUCUGAGCAGGGCCCACGUGCAGGACCCGCUUCUACCGGGAGAAGAUCGAGCUGGAGUGCUUCUACUAGUGAUCCCUGGCACAACGGGGAGCCUGAUCCUUGGCAACAGCGAGACGAUGGGCUGUUGACGAGAUGGAAUGAUGGCCACGGCGGCGGCCGUUGGCCGCACUCUGCCGAGGCGAGCAGCUGGGACAACGACCGCUACAAGGACGUCGGCGAUCGCCGUUGGAACACCAACUGGAGCGGCGAGCGGGGAUGGCGCGAUGAUCGAGCACGAGACGGCGACCAAGGAGACCGUUGGGACGGUCACCGGGCAGAUGGUCGAGACCUCUUCGGGCGAGUACGCGAUCAGGGAGACCUACGAGCCAUCCCAGGCGAUGAGUGGCAGAGGCGCGAUCAAGGAGGACAAUGGGGGCACGAUCAAGUGAUCCAUCGCCGUGCUCCCUGGGCAGAUGGUCGAGAUACCCUCGGGCGACAACGCGAUCAUGGAGACCGACACGGCGGAUGGGACGAGGGCAAGCGCCCAGAUGACCCGGAUCGUGGUUGGGAGUCUGGAGGGAACGUCUUUCGGCCAGGCUGGUACAACGACGACUACAACGUCAAGCGAGGCUUCGGGCGAGCGUCCGAAAAGUUGUCGGUGCCUGCGUUCACUGCCGAGGAAUCCGAGGACCUAGGUGGCAGCGCGAGGGACGACGGGAUAGAGUACCUCAUCUCGUGGAUAACUGCGAGGUUCCUGGACUUGGAGGUUGCUCGCAUAGGCAAGGCCUUCAGAGGCGGCCGCAUGGAUGUAUACCUGGACCGACUUCAGCUGGAGGAAGGCCAGGAGCUCAACAUCCUCGCCUCAGUGGGCAACAAGUACGAUCGCGGCCAACGCAAACCCUGGGAGGGCUCGGGCACUCGAGCUAAGCGGACCAACUACGCGCACGUCACCGACUACCUCGGCGACGAGGACACCGACGGCGAGAAUGGCGACGAGGACGAGUGCAUCCCAGAAGAAGUGGCAGAGGCAUGGGCAACGUGGCAGUCUGCCAAGGAGAAGUACCGGAACCAGAAGGCCGCGAGGGGCUACCAGCCGGAGACAGAGAGACCGCCGCGCCCGGCGGUCAGCGAUGGUGGCUGCGACCAUGGUGAUGAUCGCGACCAUGGACGAGAGGCCCGACUCAAGGCCAUGAAGGCGAAGAGCUUCUGCAGUGGCUGCGGAAGAAAGGGGCACUGGCACAAGGACUCCAGUUGCCCGCUCAGUCGUGAUGAUGGCGGGAACAAGGGAGGCGGAGCUGCCAAACAUGUUGCGAUGACUUCUGCAGAACUCAAUGGGCUCCAGGCCUACACCGACCUUCUUCAGGAUCAAGGCCAGCGACCGGAGCUCAGGAAAGAGACGGAAGCCUACAGGUUCGGCACCGGGAAGAUCCACUACAGCUCCUUCUACGUGAUCCUGAAUUUCGAGCUCGGCGACUCGGUGGUGCAAGUGAGAACAUCGAUCAUCCCAGGGGACAUACCACUACUUCUCUCUCGCACCGUCCUUGGGAAGUUGGGGAUGAUCUAUGAUGUAGAGGGCGGGACAGCUGAUUUCUCGAAGGUCGGCCUGAAGUCCUAUCGCUUGCUCACCACGCCAUCCGGGCAUCCGGCGAUCCCAAUCACCCCGGCAAAGACCUCAGCGCCACACCAGUGCUCCAGAUCGAGGAUCUCAGACUGCAGCCCAAGGCUCCUGUCCCAAAGACCCCGAUAUGCUCAGGAAAGCAGGCGAAAGCACCAGACGCCUACUGCAUGCUCGCGCGACGAUCGCUACAAGAAGCUGGUCGCUAGCCUGAAGGAGCAGACGGCCGAAAAGGAGGUCCACCCGCUCCAGUUCCUGUUGGAACCACCGGGCGUAGCGCACCAGAUCGGGGUGGCAAUUCUGGGAGCUGCCCACUUCUCGAAGGGCCCAACGACCAUAGUCCGAUGGGAUCUCCUGGUACUCGGACCCACGCCAGCGUCCGAUUGUCAUCAGGGUGUUCGCCGGCGUCGCGGUGUGCUCGCGGAUCAGCUUCAGGAGGAUGCCCUUGGUGACCUUGCUGGGGUACUCGACUCCCAGCUCGUCCGCCUUCUUGCGGAGGUCCGGAAGGUUCACAGGGAGUUGAUCUUCUUCAUGCGGACGGGCAAGCUUGGAGAGGAAGGUGCAGAGCGCCUGGCAAAGGAUAUGCGAGCAGACUGGGAUGCAGAGGUCAUUGGCGAGGCCGUGGCGGACGCGGAGAUUCCGGACCCCGACCCGGUGGAGCUGGAUAAGGAGAAUGACGGCUCGGAGGGCGAUAGUGAAGGCGAGCUAUAA